AAAAUUAUCCAAAAAUCCCCUGAUAAUCGGGACCCACACAUAGUUUGCGGCGAACAAAGCUUCAUUUUCUUUCUCACAUUCAUAAUCUCUCUGUUUUCAUUCAAACACAAAAUUCAUAACAUAACUUCCUUUUCAUCUCUCAUCAAACCCUAAUUGAUCUAAUUCAAUCCAAUUUAAUUACUGCAUUGCGUUUUUUUCCUCCCAAAUUGGAAAAACCAUACGAAUUUCUUCAACCACAAAACGAUUUUCCAUGCCACUGUGGUUUUCCUCCAUUUCCCUCUCCAAAGAGGAUUCUUUUGUUUUCGUCACAAAAUUCGUAGUUUCUUCUUUCGUGCAAUUCAUCAGCCAUGUCCAACGAUCAUUCUCAUGCUCCUAAUCUUUAUGCCAAAGGUAUUCUUUGCAAUGCUGCUGCUGGUGCCGCAGCUGGGGUUAUUUCUGCCUCGUUUGUAUGUCCUUUAGAUGUAAUUAAAACUAGGUUACAGGUUCAUGGGACUCCUGAGCUUGCUAAUGGAAAUGUUAAAGGUAGUCUUAUAGUUGGUAGUUUGGGACAAAUAUAUCAGAAGGAGGGGUUGCGUGGAAUGUACCGCGGGCUAGCUCCCACUGUUUUGGCCUUACUUCCAAACUGGGCUGUCUAUUUUACCAUAUACGAGCAGCUCAAGUGGCUGCUUUCUGAAGAUGAAAACCAGCGUCUUUCAGUUGGAGCUAAUAUGGUAGCUGCUUCAGGUGCCGGAGCUGCAACUACUAUAGUCACAAAUCCAUUUUGGGUUGUCAAGACUAGACUCCAAACCCAGGGAAUGAGACCCGGUGUUGUGCCAUAUAAAAACACCCUAUCUGCUUUGAAGAGAAUAGCUCAUGAGGAGGGCAUUCGUGGGAUGUACAGUGGCCUUGUACCUGCUCUGGCUGGUAUCAGUCAUGUUGCCAUCCAGUUUCCAAUAUAUGAGAAAAUAAAAUUUCAUUUAGCAAAUCAAGAUAACACAACAGUGGGUAAACUCGGUGCACGUGAUGUUGCAAUUGCCUCGUCAGUCUCCAAAAUGUUUGCAUCCACAUUGACAUAUCCUCAUGAGGUUGUUCGUUCCAGACUGCAAGAACAAGGACACCACUCAGAGAAGCGGUACUCUGGUGUGACAGACUGCAUUAGAAAGGUAUUUCAAGAAGGGGGACUUUCUGGUUUUUACCGCGGGUGUGGUACCAACCUCCUGAGGACAACCCCAGCUGCCGUAAUCACAUUCACCAGUUUUGAAAUGAUACACCGUUUUCUAGUUUCUCUUUCCCCUUCUGACCCACCGCCACAUAAUUUGUAAAGAUGAGCCCAGUUCAAAAAAGCUAGUUUAGUUGACAAAUAUUUCUUUUGAUGGUCAAAUUAAGACCCCAUUCUUUAUGUACAUUAGAAGGUAUCACACUAGUGCAAAUUAAUUGACUUUGUAUAUAGACAGAGGUCUUGUUAUUAUAAAUUUAAAAAGGUGAUAAUGACGAUAAAAAUAUUAAGAAAAACAGUGCUGCAUAUCGUAUUUUGAAACUGCUGAAUAAUGAGAUCCAGCAGAACAUUCUCUAGUUCUA